AUGCCGGAAGUCGGGAAAGAUUACCUGAGCAGAGUGCUGCCGAACGAGUUACUUUUCUGGUGUACUCGGUAUCUUGAUCAUCUGUCCUAUUUCAAAUUGAAAAAGACAUGCACGGGUCUCAACAAAAAGCUCCAGGGAGAGUACAAUACACGAUUAAAGAAAUAUGCGCUACAAACCCGGGAGUAUCACCUGAAUUGCCACCAAGAACCGCAUCUUGGGUCCCUUCCAUGCUUAGAAGGGGAUUGCCAAAUCGACCCUCGCAAUCAACGACUUGGAGCAAUGAGUCACCUACGAGCAACGAUUUUGAAGAACGACAUGAUCACGUUUGAAAAGUAUCUGGAUGCAGGACUUGACCCUAACAUGUUUAUCGACGGCAACUGGGAACCGUUCGCAAUACACAUGAGGAUCAAAAUGUUCAAGCUGUUGCUUAAGAGGGGUGCCGAUGUCACCCUCAUCCCUUAUGAGAAUAGUGACACCAAACGGCGGAUGAUAGAUUGGGUCGGUGAUUUUUCGGAUAAGAAGCUAGCAGAGGAGUGGAUUUCAUUAUUCAUGAAGUAUGGUGCGAGCUUUACGAGUGGGAAGGUUCUGGAGAAAUUAUGUGAAAUGGAAUCCGCGGCCAAACAACUCUGGCUUGCUGCCAAAAACGGCGUGGAUUUUUCCACGCCACUGGAAAAGAUUCUAAGUCUUGAUGCUCAACGAAUAAUCUGGGAUACAUUUGAUGAACCGGCGGCUUUACAUUUUGCUACUUGCUGGCUGAAACCAAUCGUUAUUGAUAUUAUUCUUCGCCAUCAGCCAGAGCAACGAAGACAUCUUGAUAGUGCUUUCAACAUGGCUGUCCGGAGGAAUUGCUCGAAAACUGCAGUACAUUUACUUCGUAAAGGUGCUCGGCUCAAUGUGGACCUACUGGAAGGUGCCCUUAAGGUAUAUCCCCUUCAUGACCCGCAUCGGCCUGAUCUUCUGCGGUGCAUGGCGGCUCGAGUUGAUCUAGGGAACCCAGAACCUAUUCCUCAGGUCCAGAGGUAUCUGGAAUUGGCCCAGAGUGGAUCACCAAACUAUGGGGUUAUACUUCCUUUGCUGAAAAAGAUGAGCCCUAAGGCGCGACUGCUAUGUGCUGACAGUCUUGAUAUUGAGACUUAUCGGAGAGACCUGGAAGAGGCGAGGGAGUAUCUAAGCGAAUCUACAGAUAUUGAGGAAUUGGGCUCUACUGAAACCGAGGAAUCGGACCUUACCUUGUCCUGGUGGACGAGGAAUGAGAAGGAAAUUACGGAGAUCUUGGAGUUGAUGGAGGAAGCUAUAGAGCUGUAG